UGUGACAGUCCAUGUUGACCGAAUGGCAGCUUGUGUAGUCCAGUAGUUAGUGUUGAUAAUUAGCUGAAACAGUGUGAAUGAGCUGUUUUACCGGACUCUAAUCGAGAUGUUUUGGAGUUCAGCAGGUCAGCGGGGAUGUGUCGGACUUCUCCGCUGCUGGUCCCUCACAGUCAGCCCCAGGACUUUCAUAACCGCCCGGUGCAAUCUGCACACUUCACGGUCCUUCUCCAUCUCUGCCCCCGGGAAAUCUCCAACCCACGAAGAGGUGAAACAGCCUCUGAAGCAGUGGGCUUUGGCGGUGAGCCCCUUCAGCACGGUGCGGGCACACCUGGCCUGCAGCAUCUCCAUCCGGCCGCUGGACCCGCACGCCUUCCCGGAGGCUGACCGAGCCUUCAUCACAGUCCACGCGACAGACACCGAGCAGGAGGUCGGUCUGGAUCACUUACACGUCCACUACGAUGAUCAGAGCCAAGAGCUGCUCAUCUCCGCUGAGAAGGUGAACAGCAGCGUGUCCAUUGAUCUGGCUGCACCCAUCAAAAGCAAUCUCUACAUCACUACUCAAGGAAAAGGCAACGUGAAAGUGAAGAAAAUGGAGUGUGACAUUUGCAAGGUGCAAACUGAGAGAGGCAACUGUUUGCUGCACUCUGUCAAGGGUCAUGAGGUUGAGGUGCAGUCCAAUGGAGGACAUGUCACAGGUGUGGGCACUAUCCACGGCAAUGUGGACAUCAGCACAUGUGGAGACAGUGCAGUGGAUGUCAAGAAGCUCCAGGGCACCAAGAUGAAUGUUUCAACAGAACACGGCCCUCUGCAGGUCAAAGCCAUCUAUGCUGAGUCCAGCUGCAUCUCCUCCUGCUCUGGGAGGGUACAUCUGGGACACGUACAUGGUAAAGCCACUGUGAAGAAUGUGUCUGGAGAUACGGUUAUAGAUGGUUCAAAUAGUUUCCUGAAGGUUUCCUCUCACAGCGGAGGCAUUGAUGUCUAUGUGGGAGACGGUGGCAGCGCUGAACUCCACAGUCAGGAAGGAGCGGCCUGUGUGCGUGUCCCAUCCACGUUAAGAGCAGGGGUGGAGCUCUGUGGAGCAUCGGUGGAAAUCAGCCCAGAGGUUGCUCUGCAUGGAGUAGAAAACAACGCAACUGAAGGCCAAACCACAGUUACUGGUUAUAUGAAUGGAGCGUCUCCAGUGGAGCAGUGGGUUAAAGCUCGGGCAGACAGGGGCUCUGUCAGACUGAAGACACAAAGCUGGUUUGAGUCGCUGAAGCUAGGGAGCUGAGUUAUGACCGACAGGGUUUCUGUCCAUGAUGAUAGGGCUUUACACUUACAGACAGAGCCAGAUAUUUACAGCAGAUCUUAAAGACCGAAUGUACCUUUACCUCACUGAAGUAUUUAACUCUCUGCUCAUUAUGUACUGUGCUUUCAAUGAGGAAAUGAUGUAUCAUCUAUAGUAUUUAACAAAUGUUCUGUAUGUCAAAAAUCACUGUGCAGACACUGAGUGUUGGAAGCAUGCUGAGUAAGUUGCAACUGGUUUGUGCUGAAUUGUCAAAUUGUCCAGAAUGUUAAUAAGAAACUAUUAGUUUGUUCAUAUUUUUUUAAGUUUACUUUUGGCUUCCAGUGAUUGUAUGUUUUCUGUAUGGUAUGUAAAUACUCUAAAAAUGAAUCAGAAACCUCAGACUGUGACAGUAACAUGGAAUAUCUUAGACACUUCACCCAGACUGAAGUCACUCACACCGUCAAAUUUAAUUAGUUACAAAUCAUUCCUGUCAGUUAAUGAAUUCUAAUUAAUGAACAUUAAUUAUUAUGAAAUUUUAAUCGUAACACUUAUUUAUAUAUUAAAACACAUUUCCCACAAUCCCCUUUGCACAUUCUAAAAGAGCCUAAUCUUAGUGCCUCAGAUGAGCUAAUAAACUGCACAGAAUCUGUACGUGCUUCAGCUAAUGAGCUUCAUCUCACCGAAGCAUUAUAGAUCUUACUGACUUUAUACAGUUUAGGUUCCAUAAACAAAUCCACACACUCUUCCUGACAAAAGAUUAUUAAAUUUUUUUAAUUUAAUAAGUAUAAAUAAACAAAAGGAAAAAGAUAAACAAGUACAUAUACUGCAUAGACAAACCAUCACAACAUUUAGAGAAAGAAGCAAAAGGAUUAUGAUCAAAUUUAACAAGCUCUGAAAUCAGGCUGUUGAACUGGUUGAGCAACACUAAAGAGCCCAAAUUUAAAGUGCUUUGUGGUUGGUCCUUUGUAUAUGAAUGUAUAAAACUUUGUAAAGGUCCUUUCAACUGAAGAUGGCCAACUUUUGCAAUCAGUUGUCAUCUCUGUUAAAUAAUUAGUGCUGAGUGGUAAACACCAUUUAGUGAUUCCAGAUGUGUGGCUAUAGCUCAACUACAGAUUGUAUCGCUGUAAUCUAAAACUUAAAUUAAGUUUGUCCUCAGUCUGGAACCCAGUGUAGUCACAUUGAGGCAGAGCCUGUCCUAGCACCGUCUAAGUCAGGGGUGUCCAAACUGUUCCACAAAGGGCCGGUGUGG